AUGCCUCCCACUCACUAUCUCUCUCCCUUCUCCUCCCCGCCCUGCCCUCCCUGCCUUCCCUGCCUGCCAGGCCUGCACAAGCCAAGGGGAGAGCAGCAGGCGAGCAACAAGGAGGAGGGGCAGCAGCGCCGGCCUCAUCAACGGUUGAGGUUGCAGUAUCGCCCCUGCCACCACACUCCACUCGAGCCCACUCCCCCUCAGGUUCAGGUCCUUCCCUUCAACCCUCCUCGCUGGCUCGCACCUCCUCCGCUCGCCCCUGCCCACUCUCCUUCACCGCACCCCCCACGCCACCACCACCGCUGCUCCAACUUCCAGCUAAGUGGGGGGGAGGGGUGUGGGGUCAGCACCGCCAUUCCCUCACGCCUCUCCCCGGUGGCCGUGCAGGGAGGGACGCACACGGGAAGGCUGGGAGGAGGGCUGCCGGGGAAGGAGGCACCUGGUGCUGCUGCAGCUGCCCUCUGCUCGCUCUCACGCCUUACAGCUAAGUUCCCUCAACCCCUUGCCUGCCUCGCCAUGUCUUGUGCAGGUGUGCAGGUACCCCCUCAGGUGCAGCCCUUGGGUCUGCAGUUUGUGACUUGGCCUCCACCAGUGGCCCCUCCCCUCUCCCGCCUUGCAAAUGCCGUUCCCUCUCUUGCACUUUCACCAUUCAUCCCCUCGCUGCCCACUGACCAGCUCUGCGUGUGUGCUGUGCAGGUGGAGGGGAGGGGCGGGGGUCAACACUGA